UUGUCCUGUAGGUUGGUAGUUUCUGCCUGUCAGAAGCAGAGUCGGGGAGCGAUGCCUUCUCUCUGAAGACGCGUGCUGACAAACACGGAGACUAUUACGCCAUCAACGGCUCCAAGAUGUGGAUCAGCAACGCAGAGCAGGCCGGGGUGUUUCUGGUGAUGGCCAACGUGGACCCGUCUGCUGGUCACAGAGGUAUCACCUGCUUCAUCGUGGACAGAGACACCGAGGGGCUUCAGAUCGGCAAGAAGGAGAACAAACUUGGUCUGAGAGCUUCUUCAACCUGUCCUCUCAACCUGGAUAACAUCAAGGUUCCUGAGAAGAACGUCUUGGGUCAGAUCGGCCACGGAUACAGGUACGCCAUCGGCAUGCUGAACGAGGGCAGGAUUGGGAUCGCCGCUCAGAUGCUGGGGCUGGCUCAGGGUUGCUUCGACCAGGCCGUUCCCUACACCAGACAGAGGGUUCAGUUUGGCAAACGCAUCUUCGACUUCCAGGCCAUGCAGCACCAGAUCGCCCAUGUAGCCACCCAGAUAGAGGCUGCCAGGCUGCUUACCUACAACGCUGCCCGGCUGAAGGAGGCAGGACGACCUUUCAUCAAGGAGGCCUGCAUGGCCAAGUACUUCACCUCAGAGGUGGCAACGUUGACCACUUCAAAAUGCAUCGAGUGGAUGGGAGGGGUAGGCUUCACCAAAGACUACCCUGUUGAGAAGUACUACAGAGAUUGUAAAAUAGGUACCAUUUAUGAGGGCACAACCAACAUCCAGCUGUCCACCAUGGCCAAGUUUAUAGACAAGGAGUAUGAUCACUGACCUCCUGACCUGGUCUGAUCGUAUCCUCAUCGUGUAGACUGACCUCCUGACCUGAUCUCCUGCCCUGGUUUGGCUGUUUCCUCAUCGUGUAGACUGACCUCCUGACCUGAUCUCCUGC